GGUGGCGGGACUUCCGCGAGCGGGAUAAAGGCGGCGGCAACGGCGGCCAUUACAGAGCAGCGCGCGGUGAGGAGCGGACAGCGGACACGACACAAUGGCAGAGAAUGAUGUUGAGAACGAGCUGUUGGAUUACGAAGAGGAUGAUGAGAAUCAGACGGCAGCGGAGCCCGCACAGGCUCCCACUAAGAAAGAUGUGAAGGGUUCCUACGUCUCCAUCCACAGCUCUGGCUUCAGAGAUUUCCUGCUCAAGCCAGAGCUGCUGCGGGCGAUUGUGGACUGCGGGUUUGAGCAUCCUUCAGAAGUUCAACACGAGUGCAUCCCCCAAGCCAUUCUAGGGAUGGACAUUCUCUGUCAAGCCAAGUCUGGAAUGGGGAAGACGGCUGUGUUUGUCCUCGCUACUCUCCAGCAGCUCGAAGCAGUCGAUGGCCAGGUAUCUGUCCUGGUCAUGUGCCACACAAGAGAACUGGCUUUCCAGAUCAGCAAAGAAUACGAGAGAUUCUCCAAGUACAUGCCGAACGUCAAGGCGGCUGUGUUCUUCGGAGGCCUGUCCAUCAAGAAGGAUGAGGAGGUGCUGAAGAAGAACUGUCCCCACAUUGUGGUGGGGACUCCGGGGAGGAUCCUGGCCCUGACGCGAAACAAGUCGCUCAACCUCAAGCACGUCAAGCACUUUGUACUGGACGAGUGCGACAAGAUGCUGGAACAGCUCGAUAUGCGUCGGGAUGUCCAGGAUAUAUUCCGUCUGACGCCUCACGAAAAGCAAGUGAUGAUGUUCAGCGCCACCCUGAGCAAGGAGAUUCGUCCCGUCUGCCGCAAGUUCAUGCAGGAUCCCAUGGAGGUGUUUGUUGACGAUGAGACUAAGCUGACACUCCAUGGAUUACAACAAUAUUAUGUUAAGCUCAAAGACAAUGAGAAGAAUCGCAAGCUGUUUGAUCUGCUUGACGUGCUGGAGUUCAAUCAGGUGGUGAUCUUCGUGAAGUCGGUGCAGCGUUGUGUGGCUCUGGCACAGCUUCUGGUGGAGCAGAACUUCCCAGCGAUUGCUAUUCACCGCGGCAUGGCACAGGAGGAGAGGUUGUCUCGUUACCAGCAGUUCAAGGACUUCCAGAGGCGUAUCCUGGUGGCCACAAACUUGUUUGGCCGCGGUAUGGAUAUCGAGCGAGUGAACAUCGUGUUCAACUACGACAUGCCUGAGGACUCGGACACGUACUUGCACAGGGUGGCUCGAGCCGGUCGCUUUGGUACCAAGGGUUUGGCCAUCACUUUCGUCUCGGACGAAACGGACGCCAAGGUGCUGAAUGAUGUGCAGGAUCGCUUCGAAGUGAAUGUGGCUGAGCUGCCGGAUGAGAUUGACAUUUCCACGUACAUUGAACAGAGCCGAUGAGCUGGGACGUGUGGAGAGAGAGAGGGGGAGGUGGUGCUGUGGAACGGGAGGCGAUGGUGUUUUUUUUGUGUGCAUCAGACGUACUGUCCUGUCCGUACACUAUGGGGGAAAUUCCUUUUGUUGAAACACGAUGCUUGUUGUUUUUUAAACAAUUGUUUUAAACUGCUUCAAAAAUUUGUGUGGGAGGGGGGGAAAAUAAAGCUUUUAUACAACCUUGGAUUGAUUUUAAUUUUGUGUUUGUACAUUGCUCUGUAGUUACAUUUGAAGGUGGUGAGUUCGUUAAUAAACCAAGUUUAGAAAAGUAA